AUGAGGAGUGUGGAUUUCGAGAUGAAGCUUAUGGAGAGAUAUGGAGACGGGGUGAUUCCAAGGGAAGACAUCGAGGGCAUACUGAGGGAGGCCGUUGAAAGCAACGUGCUCGAAAGAGAUGAGGUGGGGGAGUGGGAAAGGAACGACGAAUACACAGUGGCAAGGCUAUUGCAGCUGGUAAGGAAGUGGAGAACAGACUUUCUUAAGGACUCUUUCAGCAUAAACGAUAUCUCUUGUAGAGAUGAGGAUCGUGGCGGUGAUAGACGUCUGUUUCCGGAUGGUUCCAAGGGGCCUGAAAAGGAGUGCUGUAGUUCUAUUGGUGGCGAUGACUCGUUCAUGACGACGGACGAGGUAUUCCUUUCCUCCUUGAGGGACAAGACCAGGAUCAUUACGUCUCGGGGGAAUAGCAAUGGCAAGAAGAUUGUGAGGAGUGUUCUGAAGGCAUGGGGAGAGUAUGAAAGACUUCCCUCUGCGCAGAAGAGUUGGAGGUGGUACCUCCUUGUUCCACUUCUUAUUCCUGCGUACUUCCUGUACGUUCCGAAGCCAUUUUGA